UUUUGAACGGGUAUAGAAUACGAACUCCAGCACAAGUACCGAAGACCUAGAUGAAGAAGCAAACCCUGAUGCUGCGCAGCGGAGCGUUAGCGUAGCAACCAAUAUUACUACUUCAUUGCUUCAAUUGCUUUAACUAUUUAAGCUGCUUUAACUACUUAACAACUCUUAGCAUAUAAUUUAUCUGCGUAAUAUGUCUUUUCAGCCCAACAAAAGAAGGCUGGAAGUCCCUCGGUAUAACGACAAUUUCCCAUUUAAUCACGUGAGUAUCCCCCAAUCUCCAAAUACCCUCUUUGAUACCAGCUACAGCUCCUAGUACUAUUCCACCUAGCCCUUACAUUUUAGACGACAUAAUGCUCCAAAAAGCACGGUCCCUCCUAAAUCGAUCAUCGACAUCUUUCCAAGUUCUCUCCGAUCUGCAUCUCGAGCUCAACUCGCAGUAUGCUUCAUAUGACAUCCCCGUCUGCGCGGACCAUCUGAUCCUGGCAGGCGAUAUCGGCCGCCUAGCAGACUAUGACUCGUAUCGACACUUCCUCCAAAAACAAACAGACCGUUUCAAACAGGUAUUCCUGAUCCUCGGCAACCACGAGUUCUACAACGGGACUUUCGCAGCCGGACUGGAAAAAGCCAGCCAACUUGAACAGGAGCCGUGCUUCAACGGCCGGUUAAUCGUGCUUCAGCAGAGACGAUACGAUAUCCCGGAUUCCGCUGUGACUAUCCUGGGCUGCACGCUUUGGUCGCAUGUGCCCCAUGCAUCGAGAGAUAUCGUGCGCGAGAAGAUCAGGGAUUUGCGAAGCAUUGAAGGCUGGUCGAUUGAUGACCAUAAUGCGAACUAUGCUUCUGAUCUCGCCUGGCUGCUGAAUGAGAUGAAGGCUGUACGCCGGGAAAAUGGAGAUGUGGAAAGGCAGAGGUCUGUUCUUGUUGUUACGCAUCAUGCGCCGCUGCUGAGGGGGACGUCGAGUCCGCGGCAUGCGAACAAUUCUUGGGGUGUUGCCUUCGCUACUGAUGUCCUAUCUCAGAUCCCGCUGGAUGGGGUGAAGGUCUGGGUGUUUGGGCAUACGCACUAUUCCACUGACUUCAAGGAGGGGGGCACAAGAGUUGUGAGUAAUCAACGGGGUUAUGUGCAGCCUUGGAGGAAUUCGGGGGAGGAUACACUGGAUGGAUUUGAUGUGAGGAAGGUUAUACGUGUGUCUUGACGGUUUGUAUCUACUUUCAGUCUCUAGCCUGUAAGUCAUAGCGGUUGAGUGCUUGUGUGAGCUAACUUUAUUCUCAUCCCAAUUACCAGAUUAUACUGAGAGAAGUUUAUCUCUUUGUAAGCUUUGGGCUGAGAAGCCAUAUAAUGAACUUGUGGAGGACUUGUCUUUGAUCUGUUUAAAAUGUAGAAUGAUACUGCC